AACUAAAACACGUUCUACUAAUUAACAAAAGCAGGUGGCUGAGUGAGUGUUCUAGCUAGCUAGUAGCCAUGGUGUCGUCUGUAGUAGCUGCUGCAGCUGGGACUGGAAAUGGCGGAAGAAGCAUCGCCGAGAGGUGGCGUGAGCUCCAGGGCUCGCGCUCGUGGGACGGCCUGCUUGACCCGUUGGACCUGGACCUCCGCAAGUCUCUCAUCUCCUACGGCGAGCUCGUGUCCGCCACCGGCGCCGGCUUCAACAACGAGAAGCGCUCGCCGCACUACGGUCUGUGCAGGUACUGCCCCGACGACCUGCUUGUCAAGUCCGGGGUGGUCGACGGCGCCCGCUACUACAGGGUCACCAAAUUCGUGUACGCCACGGCGGAGCUGCUGUUCGGCCUGUACAAGCAGACCACCUGGAUGGGGUACGUCGCGGUGGCCACGGACGAGGGCGUGGCCGCGCUCGGCAGGCGCGACAUCGUCGUGGCGUGGCGCGGGUCGGCGACGCGCGCGGAGUGGGCCAAGGACAUCUUCGAGUUCGUGCCGGCGCCCGCCGAGUCCGUGCUGGGCUCCGCCGCCGCCGCGUACCCAUCGGCGUACGUGCACAGCGGCUUCCUGUCCUUGUACACCACCAGCAACGCCGACUCUGAGCUCGGCAAGACCAGCGCCAGGGACCAGGUGCUCCAGGAGGUGAGCAGGCUGGUGGAGCUCUACAAGGACGAGGACCAGGAGAUGAGCAUCACCGUCGUCGGCCACAGCCUCGGCGCCGCGCUCUCCAUCCUCAACGCCGUCGACCUCGUCAGCAACGGCGUGAACAACUCCUGCCCGGUGGCAGCCGUCGUGUUCGCCUGCCCGCAUGUUGGCAACAACUCCUUCAAAGACGCCUUCGACUCCUUCGACGACCUCAAGGCACUCCACGUGAAGAACAAGAUAGACUUGGUGCCCCUGCUCAUGGACUGGUUGCCUGACCUGGGCGUGACGCUGCCCAUCGACACGAGCCUGUCGCCGUACCUCAAGGACCCCCAGAACACGGCCCACGAGCUCGAGUGCUACUUGCAUGGCGUCGCCGGGGUUCAGGGAAGCGACGCCGGCGGAGGGUUCGACCUGGUGGUGGACCGCGACGUGGCGCUGCUCAACAGGAGCGCCGACGCGCUCAAGGACGAGCACCCGGUGCCGGCGAGCUGGUGGGUGGCGGAGCACAAGAGCAUGGUCAAGAACGCCAAAGGCAAGUGGGAGCUCAAGGAUUUCGAGCAGAUCAUAUAUUAACCUCCACAACAACCCAGCGCGCUGCUCGUUGCCCCUCCAUCUCUCAUUGAAUUUGCAUGCAUGGUUUAUAUUAUCGUUAUGAAUUAAUAAUGCAUACGAUCGACGCCGUCGAUUUUGUAUGCUCUCCUAUGUUUAUGUUUUGUUCGUGUUGAGACCUUUGUUUGUAUUUCUGUUUAUGUUGUCUCCUAUUUCAAUAAUAUGUCACAAGGAUGCAUAUGCGCGUUCCUCAGUCGAUGUUUACAAUUUCGAAUAAUAUAUAUUAAAUAUCGUGAUAAGCUUCUUUUUCUCAUCA